GGUGUCAGUGUCCUGAGAGUUUGAACAGACUGCUUGCCUGGCAGAGUGCGCGCGUUGAAACAGAAUUACAGAGAGAGAGAGAGAGAGAAGAGAGGAGACAGAGACAGAGAGAGAGUGAGAAAGACGGUGAGAGAGAGAGAGAGAGAGAGAGAGAGACAACUGCCCACAGAGAACUGCCCACGAUACCAAUAGGCGAACCUAACGCUGCAAAGCACCCGCCGUCCGGCCAGCACGAGACGCACAACGGGAAACAUCGGGGCUGAUUGUGACAAUGGCCGUGGAGGAAGAGGGGCUGCGAGUUUUUCAAAGCGUCAAAAUCAAAAUAGGUGAAGCGAAAAACCUCCCUCCAUACCCUGGGCCCAACAAGAUGCGAGAUUGUUACUGCACGGUGAACCUGGACCAGGAAGAGGUGUUCAGGACCAAAAUUAUUGAAAAGUCUUUAUGUCCUUUCUAUGGAGAAGACUUCUACUGUGAAAUUCCAAGGACUUUUCGACAUCUCUCUUUUUACAUUUUUGAUCGAGAUGUUUUUCGAAGGGAUAGCAUUAUUGGGAAGGUAGCCAUCAAGAAAGAAAACCUUCAGAGCAAACCUGGACAAGACACAUGGUUUCCACUCCAGCAUGUGGAUGCAGACUCUGAAGUACAGGGUAAGGUACACUUGGAGCUUCGGUUAAGUGAAGUUAUUACAGACAACGGUAACAUAUGCCAUAAACUUGCAGCACGGGUUUUAGAAUGCCAAGGAUUGCCAAUAGUCAAUGGACAAUGCGAUCCAUAUGCCACCGUGACACUCUUGGGACCCUCCAGGUCUGAUGUAAAGAAGACAAAAAUAAAAAAGAAAACCAACAACCCCCAGUUUGAUGAAGUAUUUUAUUUUGAGAUUACCAGACCAUUAAGUUACACCAGACGAUCCCAUUUUGACGUUGAAGAAGAAGAUGUGGAUAAAAUGGCCUUAAGAAUUGAUCUAUGGAAUGGAAGUAACUUGAAGUUUGGAGAUGAAUUCCUUGGAGAAGUUAAAAUUUCCUUGAAGGUGCUUGGCCAGUCUGGUGUCCACGAUGCUUGGUACUUCUUACAGCCCAGGGACAAUGGGAGCAAGUCAAUCAAGCCAGAUGACCUUGGAUCUCUGAGGUUGAAUAUCGUGUACACAGAAGAUCAUGUUUUUCCAACGGAGUAUUACCAACCUCUCAGAGAUUUACUACUGAAAUCUGCAGAUGUUGAGCCUGUUUCAGCAUCUGCUGCUCAUGUGCUGGGUGAGAUUUGCAGAGAAAAACAGGAAGCUGCUGUACCCCUUGUUCGGCUUUUUCUUCAUUGUGGAAAGAUUGUACCUUUCCUCAGUGCCAUCGCAAAUGCAGAAGUGAAUCGGACCCUAGAUCCAAACACCAUUUUUCGAGGAAAUUCACUAACAUCCAAGUGCAUUGAUGAGACAAUGAAACUGGCGGGGAUGCAUUAUUUACAAGUUACAUUAAAGCCUAUCAUAGAUGAGAUUUGUGAUGACCAUAAACCUUGUGAGAUAGACCCAGUAAAAUUGAAAGAAUCUGAAAACUUCGAUACUAACAAGGAAAACUUGAGGCAAUAUGUUGAUCGAAUUUUCACUGUAAUCACUAAAUCUGGAGUUAGUUGUCCAACUGUGAUGUGUGACAUUUUUUUCUCAUUGAGAGAAUCAGCUGCCAAACGCUUUCAAGUUGAUCAAGAUGUGCGGUACACUGCUGUUAGCAGUUUCAUCUUUCUGAGAUUUUUUGCUCCAGCUAUCCUGUCACCAAACCUUUUCCAUCUACGUCCUCACCACCCAGAUCCACAAACCUCUCGCACCUUAACACUCAUCUCCAAGACAAUCCAGACACUUGGAAGUUUGUCAAAGUCAAAAUCUGCUAGUUUUAAGGAGUCUUUCAUGGCUUCUUUCUAUGACAACUUCAAUGAGCAGAAGUAUGCAGAUGCUGUGAAAAAUUUCUUGGACUUAAUUUCAUCAUCUGGAAGAAGGGAUCACAAAAGCAUUGAAACUCCCAUAAUGCUCAAGGAAGGAUUCAUGAUAAAGAGAGCUCAAGGAAGAAAAAGAUUUGGCAUGAAAAACUUUAAGAGGAGAUGGUUCCGUCUUACAAAUCAUGAGUUCACCUACCAUAGAAGUAAAGGUAACAUGAAAGGUGACAGUCCACUGUGUAGCAUCCCCAUUGAAAAUAUCCUUGCUGUUGAAAAAUUAGAGGAGGAGUCUUUCCGAAUGAAAAAUAUGUUCCAGGUCAUUCAACCAGAAAGAGCCUUGUACAUUCAGGCCAAUAACUGUGUGGAGGCCCGGGACUGGAUUGACAUCCUCACCAAGGUCAGCCAGUGCAACAAAAAGCGCCUAUCUACAUACCAUCCAUCUGCAUACCUCAAUGGACACUGGCUUUGUUGUCGAGCUUCUUCAGAGAUUGCUCAAGGAUGUACACCAUGUACAGGAGGUUUACCGGCAAACAUCCAGCUUGAUAUUGAUGGAGACAGAGAAACUGAACGCAUCUAUUCAUUAUUCAAUACCUACAUUAGCAAACUGGAAAAAAUGAUGGAGGCUUGUGGGAGCAAAUCAGUGUAUGAUGGUCCAGAACAAGAAGAGUACUCUAGCUUUGUUAUUGAUGAUCCUCAGGAAACAUACAAAACACUAAAGCUGAUUGCAGAAAGAGUGCACAUUCUAGAGCAGGAGCAUGCCCAAUACAAGAGAGACAAGUUUAAGAAAACCAAGUAUGGAAGCCAAGAACACCCUAUCGGAGACAAGAGUUUCCAGAAUUAUAUUCAACAGCAAUCAGAGACGUUAACAUAUUCAAUCUGAAUGGGAGAAACGGAUAUGCUGUUUUGAUUUUAAAGAUGGCCGAAAGAAAUCUACCUAAAAUGUUAUGAUUGAUGUAGCAUGAUGUACAGCUCUGAAGAAAAAAAUGUGUCACGCAUACCCAGUUUGUACGACUAAACGUUUAUUUUCACAAACUGUAAAAGUAGUUGCUAUGCACUUUAAUCAUCUGGAAGCUUCACAGGUGAUAUAACUCUGCCUUUUGGCAAUGUCAAAUGAUAUUUUCACGUUUUGUGUGUCUCUUUUGUUUGUAUUGUACCUGAGUCAGUUUAUAUGAUCAGUUAAAUGAUUGCCAUAAGCUGACAAAUACAUAUAUAUAUAAAGAACUCCAGAGUAAGAUUCAGGGACCAAGGCCAUCUUAACCCUUUCCUUGUAUAUGGAGUUAGAAAUGCAUUUUUGGUGGGUAAAGUGUCAAUUCUUUCAUGGUGUUACAAAAAGAGAAAAAAAUACCAGCUCUUCAUUUUCUUUUUUUUGUUUUUGUUUUCUUUAAAGGUACAAAGUCAAAAUGUAACAAACUUCUGACAGUGUAAUUACUUUGUGGGAGGGAAAUGGUUUGAGGCAGGUUGCUUCUGUGUUCUAACUGGUAAAAAAUGUACAUUUUUGUGUAUUGUUUUGUGAUAUAGAAAGUGGACUCUGCAUACAUCCCAAAUACCUUGUACAAUAUGUUUGCAGAUCAUAUCCUAGCCUUUUGUUGCAGCAGGGCAUGUUGAUACAAAUAAUGGAUAUAUUUUUACAGACAUUAACUUGUAACACCACUCUGUUGACUAAUGACCAUGUUCUGGUUCAUCUCUUUUAUAUCGGUUGUAAUUUCUCCAAAGUACAUAAACAUAAUCCCUUAAUUAAAUCUCCUACUUUUACUAUUGUUUCAAAACUUAAGGUAGAAGCAUAAACUCAACACAAAGCACUGCAUAUUUUUAGCCUGCCAUAAAGUGAAAGUGCUCACUCUAAAAAGCACUAUUUAAAAAUAAACGUUUAUUUGGAAAACAGUUUUGACACCAAAGUUUCCCAUAAAGUGAUCAAAAUUCAACAGGUUUACGACAAUUUAAUGAUGCUUUGCUAAUGUGUUUCUUCCUCAGAUGUUCCACAGUAGGAAAUAUUGCUCCAUAUUUUAUUUUGUAUGGUACUGUACAUAUACAGAAGAAAAAAGUUUUUAUUUUAUAUUCCCUGGCACCUGUUCCAUUUAUUAAUAAAAUUAUGCACUUUUUAUUGCAUAUUCAUCCAUCCAUCAAUUUACUGAACCUAUCUCUGCAUUUAUCAAUAUUCUUAACCCACUUAAUCCAAUUUUUGGUCAACAAGAGUUUGACCCAUCCCAGUAUAUUGAGCACAAAGCACGGACCAGCUUCAUAUAAGAUGCAAAACCAUUGCAAGGAACACUCAUUUAUGUACCCACUCUCCCUUCCACUGAGCCAUUUUUAUUCAUUCACUGAUCCGUUUACUGAACUAUUUUAUCCAAUUUUAGGUUUGCACUGGGCCAGACAUAUGUCCAGUAGAAUCAGGCAAAAGUGAUGAA